CGUGGGCGGGGUUACGGCUAGAAAGCGCUCACCUAACUGGCCGCUUCUUCCCGGAACUUCCUGUGUCUUGACUUUGUGGAUGGCGUCACUGGGAACCUGAACAGCCGCGUGCGUUUUGCAGUUUGGUGAGACGCUUACGAGGUUUUUCGGCGCGCUGGGGUGAAAUGUUUGGGGCCCAGGCAGGGCGUGCUGGGACUGCUGGUUGCAGCGGCCCGGAGGGCUCUGUUGUACGGACUUCUCCGCCCGAUGCCUAGUACUCGUGGGCUAUGGACCCACCCGCCCAGGCAGGCCUGAAACCUUGGGGCCCCCCUUGGCAGGUUCCCUGUAUUUGAACCGUCUUCAUCACAAGCUGUCAGCUUUCCCGAUCCUGGCCUCCGUUAGGUUGUUUGUCUUCUCGAACCAUUCUGUGUUUCUGGCUUGACAAUGGCCAAGAACAAAUUAAAAGGGCAGAAGUCCAGGAAUGUAUUUCACAUAGCCAGCCAAAGAACCUUCAAAGCUAAAAAUAAGGCAAAACCAGUUACUACUAAUCUUAAGAAGAUAAACAUUAUGAAUGAUGAAAAAGUCAACAGAAUGAACACAGCUUUUGUAAAUAUACAGAAAGAACUUGCAAACUUUUCAAAAAGCCUUUCUCUUAAAUCUGUGCAGAAAGAGCUGGAGAAUCUUGUUGAGAAGAAAACAGAAGAAAGGAGAUCAAUGAGAAAGGCAACAGCAACAAUCCACUAAAGGUAGGAAUACAGAUGGAGUAACCUAAGAAGGUGAUGAUCAGCGGGGACAGUCUGAGUAGAAUCUGAAGGCUCAAGGUUUUAUUUGCUUUUUAAAGUUAUAUUUAUUGGGGGCGGGGCAUAUGUGCCACAGCUCAUGCAUGUAAGACGGGACAGUUUUGUAGAGCUGGUGUUCUUCUUCCACAGACCUGGCAACAAAUGCCUUUGUAUACUGAGUCAUCUCCUUGGCUCAAAAGAGUUUUUGACUUGAACAACUGCAAGUGAGGAACACCACUGUAGGAAUAGGUUUGAAGGAACGGAAGUCAGGAACUUAACCUUGGAGACUGUGACAUCCCAAAGGAGAUCACUGGGCAUGAGAAUGUAAGCCAUGAAGGAGACACCAAAGCUAUAAGGAAGGCACGGGCUAGACAUCAAUUUGAUUGUCCUCAGGAGACAGACAUCUCAGGAACAGUGGAAUCCACAAGAUCCACCUAGCAAGGGAACAAAGAGUGUAAGAAAUGAAGAACAACCUGACACUUACACAUGGGGCACGAACGCAGGAGUUGUGGAAUCCAAAGGAAAGGCGUGUAAGGAAGAGGCCAUGAGGGAAGAAGGUUCAGAGAUCCCCAGGCACCUGAGAAAGAACCAGUUUGGCAGGGGAGGAGGGAUCUCCUGGAGGAACAGAAGGAAAGCUAGCAUAGACAGCGUAUUUGAAGUGUCAUGCUGUAAUGAGGAACAGAGACAUAAGACUGUAUCUGUAGGAGCUAUGGGUCUUCAAGAAGUUUUUUCUUCUUCUUCCUCUUUCCCCCUUUUUUUUUGAAGAUAGGUGCUAUUUCAACCUGUAAGUAUGCUGAUAGGAAUGAUCUGGCAAACAUAGAUAAUUAACAACACAGAAGAGCAUUAAAGAGACCGCUAGGAGCCGGUGGGAAGGCAUAUUAGGAACUGAAGUCCAACACUGGGCUGAGUGCAAAUGCUAUUACAUUAGUAGACAAAACAGCAGACGUUUCCUUCCUAAUAUGUUUGAUUUUCUCACCAGCUUUGGGGUAGAGGGAUGGAAGGAAAAAUACUGACAUAAAAUAGUGGACAGUACAGAAGGUGUUGUUCAAAUCCUAAAUGGUCUUAUUAAUAAGAAACCCGGAGCCAGAUAUUGGGGUAAAUACUGAAAGAUCAGAUAGACAAAGGAACAAGCCACUAGAGAAACUUCUUAUCACCACCAAAUCCUCAGGCUGAAUAGAAGGCCAGAUCCUAUCUCCAGGAAUCCUGACUGAAAGCCUGAGUCCUCAGCUGAAAAGGUUCUAGUUCCUGUCUCCUCACGUCUUAUAUACCUUUCUCCACUCAGCCA